AUGUCACAAUGUCUACCAUACGGCGGUUUUACGUGGACCGAUACAAAUAUAAAUGUCUUGCAAAUUCCUGAUGAUGCUUCGGAGGGUUAUAUUUUAGAAGUCGAUCUCGAAUAUCCUAGAGAAUUGCAUGAUGUGCACAAAGAUCUUCCAUUCUGUCCAGAACAUUACAACUCUAAAACUCAAACACCUUGUUAUGCAUCUCAUCAAAACGCUAAACUUAUGGCCACAUUACAUCAAAAGAAGAAAUAUGUCAUCCACUACAGAAAUCUGAAGCAAGCAUUGAAAAAUGGAUUGAUUAUAACAAAAAUACAUCGAGUGCUCAAGUUCAAGCAAUCUACAUGGCUCAAGUCUUACAUCGACCUCAAUACGGAUCUGAGAAAGAAUGCCAAAAAUGAGUUCGAGAAGAAUCUCUUUAAACUGAUGAACAAUGCUGUUUUUGGAAAAACGAUGGAGAAUAUUCGGAAAAGGGUUAAUGUCCACCUUCUGACAAAAUGGAAAGGAAGAUAUGGGAUGGAAACUUAUAUCUCCAAACCUGAAUUCAAGAACUGUGUUAUUUUCAAUGAGAACUUGGUAGCUGUUGAAAUGCAAAAGCUGCAGAUCUAUUUAAACAAGCCAAUUUAUGUGGGAAUGAGUAUCUUGGAUUUGGCUAAAACUACUAUUUAUGACUUCCAUUACCACUACAUGAAUGAAGCUUUCAGUGCUGGCUGUACCAUCUUAUAUACUGAUACCGAUUCUCUUAUUUAUGAGGUCUCUGAAGAUCCUUAUAAAAGAAUGAAACUUGACUGUUAUGAAAGAUUUGAUACCUCAGAUUAUCCCAAGAAUAAUACUAAUGAAUAA